AUGGAUAAGUAUGUCACAAGAUCGAAAAUUGGGCAUCCAAGUUCUAGCUCUACUCAUCCAUCUACCGCUUCAACCAUAGCUCCGAAAACUCAAAGGAAAACAUUUAUUUCAGAUGUUGAUUUAGAAUCUCUUGAAGUUGAUCCGAGAAUUAGAAAGCCCAUUGCAGAAUAUAAUCCUAAUAUACGUGAUGAUAUUAGGAGAUAUUAUAUUCUUAAAAAGUCUUGCCAACCAAAGGAUCAUAAAUUUCCUAAAACUAAGUUUGGGAAGGAAAUGCGGCAGUUUUUUCCUGAUUGGUUUAAUAAUCGGAAGAUGUUGGAGUAUAGCAUAACAAAAGAUGUUGCAUUUUGUUUGUGUUGCUACUUGUUUAAAAAUGAAUGUGAAAGUCGUGGAGAUGUGGUUGAUGUUGCUUUCACAAAGACCGGCUUUAGAGCUUGGAACAAAGCUAUUGAAAGAUUUAGAGCUCACGUAAGAGAUAUAAAUAGCAUCCACAACAAGUGUUUCAACAAGAUGCUUGAUUUGAUGAAUCAAUCACAGUCAAUACGCACUUCCUUUGACAAAAAGUCCAAGAAAGAAAAAAGUGAGUCUCGACGUCGCUUGAGUGCUUCAGUUGAUGUGACAAGAUUUCUCUUGAAAUUAGGAUUAUCAUUCCAUGGACAUGAUGAGAGUCGAUCUUCUUCAAAUAGAGAAAAAGCUCCAAAAAAUGAAAUGAUAUGUUCUCCAAGUAUUCAAAAGGAUAUUGUUGAUUCUUGUGCUAAGGAAACAAUCAAAUCUAUUCUUGAAGAUUUAGAUGAGGAUUAUUUUGGGAUACUAGUCUAUGAAUCAAAGGAUGUAUCAUACAAGGAGCAAAUGACACUUAUUUUGAGAUAUGUUAACAAAGAAGGAGAAGUGAUAGAACGAUUUGUUGGUAUUAUUCAUUUAACAUUAGUGUCUCUUGCAAAGAAGGAUUCAAAUGUAGAUGACUUUUUUUGCUUAGUUACUAAUAUGUUAAAUAUUGCUGGAGCAUCUUUUAAGCGCAAGGAUUUACUUCGGAAACACCAAGCUGAACAGUUAGAGGAUUUACUCAUAUCAGGGGAAGUGCAUACUGGGCAAGGAUUAAAUCAAGAACGUGGGCUUCAACAGCUAGGUGAUACUCGUUGGGGUUCUCAUUAUAGAACAUUAGAUAAUCUUAUUGUUCUAUUUCCAUCAGUUAUUCAUGUGUUUUAA